AUGACUGAUUUGAAUAUCACGGACGCCGAUAUAGGCGACAAGCUCCGGGGCAAGACUGCCGUUGUCACGGGCGGCUCUUCGGGGAUUGGGCUCAGCAUUGUCCAGAAACUUGCGGCGUCGGGGGUGAAGAUCCUGGUCGGGGAUGUGCAACCGUUGCGGGAAGCCGUGGACGGCGUGCAGUACAUGAAGACGGACACGAGCCGGUGGGAAGACCUCCUGGCUCUGUUCAAGCGCGCGGUGCAGGAGUGGGGACGGAUCGACAUCGUGAUCCCCAACGCCGGGAUCGGCGACAAGGGCGACUUCUUCGACGUGGUCGACGAGCAGGGCGACCCCGUCAAGCCGGCCUUUGAUUGCCUGCGCGUCACGCUCAUCGGGCAGAUGUACACGGUCAAGCUGGCCAUGCACUACAUGCGAUGGCAGACGCCGCAGGGCGGGGUGAUUGUGUCGACGGUGUCGCGCGCGGGCUACGUCGCCGAGAGCAUCCCCGUCUACGGCGCCGCGAAGCACGGCAUGGUCGGGCUGAUGCGCGCGCUGCGCCCGCUCACCAAGACGUGGAACAUUCGCAUCAACAGUAUCGCGCCGGGUAUUACCGACACACCUGCGCUGCGCACGCUGCCGGACCUGGUUCCCAAGCUGUGGAGCAGCGGCGUUAUCCCCAUGAACACCAGCGACGACUGCGCACUGGCGGCGGUGUUCCUGUGUGCCAACGACGACUUCAACGGCAGCACCAUCUUCAUCAACGGCGGGAAAUACCGCGAGGUCGAGAGUGGCUAUCAGCGCCAUCUGAAGGACAUCAUGGGCAAUGAUCCGCGCUUGAGCAUGACGCCGGAGGAGAAGAAGAUACUAGAGGACAUCUUUACACCAAGCAGUAAAUAUUGA